CUGUUGUACUCCAGUAGCUCUCAGCAUCUGUGUGGGCGGGGCGUAUUUACGCUCGCGGCGGCGACGUCACUCGAGCGAUGACGUCACAGCGCUUACGUAGAGACAGUCUCCGUGCCUUGACGCCAUGAAUCGCAGGUGUGGACCACGUCUCGACAUCAGGGUGUGAAGACAGACGCUCGGGAGGUUUGAGGGACGUUGGUUUGUUUAUUCUCACCUGUGGUCGAGUGUAAUUCCAGCAGCAUGUCCGUCUCCAGCACACCCACCAGUAAUGAUGCCUGUCUGAGCAUCGUCCACAGUCUCAUGUGCCAUCGACAGGGAGGAGAGAGCGAGUCUUUCUCCAAACGAGCGAUAGAGAGCUUGGUGAAGAAGCUGAAAGAGAAGAAGGAUGAGUUAGACUCUCUGAUCACUGCCAUCACUACAAACGGAGCUCAUCCCAGUAAAUGUGUGACUAUACAACGCACACUAGACGGUAGACUGCAGGUGGCCGGUCGUAAAGGAUUUCCUCAUGUCAUAUACGCACGGCUGUGGCGAUGGCCGGACCUGCACAAGAACGAGCUGAAACACGUGAAAUACUGCCAGUUUGCCUUUGACCUGAAAUGUGACAACGUGUGUGUGAACCCAUACCACUACGAGAGGGUCGUGUCUCCAAGCAUCGAUCUGUCUGUUCUGACUCUGGGCGGCCCAGGUCCGAGUGUAGAUCCCCUGGUGAAGGAUGAGUUUGAUGCUCAGCCGUCUCAUUCUGCUGCUGAUGGAGGUCACAGUAUUCAAACCAUUCAGCACACUGCCUCUUCCUCCGCCCCGCCCGAUGCUUUCAGCCCCGCCCUCCUGCCGCCAGCUGACUCCGCAAGCUCCGCCUCCACUUCCGUAUUCACCAGUAUGGCUGCCGGGCCGACCAGUAAGCCAGUAUUUCAUGCUUUUGUACAACCAGGAACCAGCAUCUUCUGUUUACAAGUCAUGCACCACUUCAUACAUCUUAUAGCUAUAAAUAAACAUGUUCCUGGUAAUAUGAGUGUAUUAUAUCCACGUUUUCCUCCAUUAGAUGCCCCCAGCUCAUGGCCCAGAGGAAGCAGUUUUCCUCCCAGCAUCCCUCAUCAGAACGGCCACCUGCAGCACCACCCUCCUCUUCCUCCCACGGGCCAGUACUGGUCAGUCCAUAAUGAGCUGGCAUUCCAGCCGCCCAUAUCCACCCAUCCAGCUCCAGAUUACUGGUGCUCGAUUGCGUACUUUGAGAUGGACAUUCAGGUGGGCGAGACGUUUAAGGUGCCGUCUAACUGUCCCGUCGUAACGGUGGACGGUUAUGUUGACCCAUCGGGUGGAGAUCGCUUCUGCCUCGGCCAGCUGAGUAACGUACAUCGCACAGAGGCCAUCGAAAGAGCCAGGCUUCACAUCGGUAAAGGUGUUCAGCUGGAGUGUAAAGGCGAGGGGGACGUGUGGGUGCGCUGUCUCAGUGACCACGCUGUGUUUGUCCAGAGCUAUUAUCUGGACCGUGAGGCUGGACGAGCUCCGGGUGACGCCGUCCACAAGAUUUACCCCAGUGCCUACAUCAAGGUGUUUGAUCUGCGUCAGUGUCAUCGGCAGAUGCAGCAGCAGGCAGCGACGGCUCAGGCUGCAGCGGCUGCGCAGGCGGCUGCGGUGGCGGGAAACAUCCCAGGCCCGGGUUCGGUGGGAGGCAUCGCCCCUGCUAUCAGUCUGUCUGCCGCGGCAGGCAUCGGCGUGGACGACCUGCGGCGUCUCUGCAUUCUGCGCAUGAGUUUCGUGAAGGGCUGGGGUCCCGAUUACCCUCGCCAGAGCAUCAAGGAGACCCCGUGCUGGAUCGAAAUUCAUUUGCACCGUGCCCUGCAGCUCUUGGACGAGGUUCUGCACACCAUGCCUAUAGCCGACCCGCAACCUCUGGACUGAUGCUCGAACAUUUAACCUUCAACCUUAUUACAGUGCAUAUAGCUCAAAAUGACUCAGCUGACCUUUGACCUUAGCCACGAACGUCAGCAGAGUCUUCACCGAUUUGUUACGCCAAAACAUUGAAAACCAGCAAUACUACAAAACAACACUAACUCUGAUCGAUCCAACAGGACUGUUCAUCAAAACGCAGUAAAAUCACCCUUUUUUUGAGACCUUCACUUUUGAAUUUCAAACAGGAAAUGGUUGGAGUGGAGAUGUGUAGAGACUUCAUAUUGCAUUUAAUCCAGAGUCAGUGGCCACAUACACACUGCAGUGAAAAACAGUUUGAUGUUCUGUGCACACGAUCAUUCACACAACAAAGAUGAACCUUUUGCAAAUCGUCUGAAAAAGUUAAAUGCAAUAGUUUUAUGACUAAUUUGAAUGUAUCUUUCAUUGUGGUUCGUAAAACCAUUUUCUUGUAAAUUAUGGCAUUAAAUUUAAAGGUUUUAUGAACUCUGUAGACAAAAAUUCCAUAUUACGUAAAUUGUUGCAUUCAUUAACGAUUAUGUAAAAAAAUUAUGUAAAUAAUUGCAUUAAAUUGAAUGCAGGUAAUUUAGGUAACAAUGGUUUUUUGGCCUCUGGAUUAUGUAAUUUGCAUCGAUUUGAACGCAACAAUUUACGCGAUCCAGAAAUUGCAAAACCAUUCUUUUUGAACACUACUGUUCAAAAGAUUUGUUUCUUGAACAGCAAAUCAGCAUACAAGAAUGAUUUCUGAUUUCUUUUACAUCACUGGAAUAAAUUACAUUUUAAAAUAUAUUACAAUAGAAAACUGUUAUUUAAAAUUGUAAAAAAUUUCAGAAUAAUACUGUUUUUUUGUUGUUGUUUUUUUUACUGUAUUUUGGAUCAAAUAAAUACUACCUACAUAAGCACAUAAGACUUCUUUCAAAAAACAUAAAAACAUUUUACUGAUCUAAAACUUGAAUGGUAGUGUAAAUUAAUUAUUUAAUUUAAUGCAACAAUUUACAUCAUUUUAUGAAACCGAAACCACCACAAAACAAGCUAAAUAUUUACACAAAUGAAAUAUUAAUAUAAUUUGCAUUGAUUUGAAUGCAGCAGUUCAUGUAAAUAUGGUUUCACAAACUAAAACUUUACACAGAAAUUUGUUCAGCUAUAUAUAUAUAUCAGAAAUGAUAUUUUAUGAACAUAUAGCGCCUAAAUUUUGUUGGGCUUGUUUUUGAUGAACAAGGCAUAUAGGACAGUAACUUAUGGGGUUCACUUCUGCAAGAAAACACUAUUGUCACUUCCAAAUCGUUGCAAUGAGUAUGUGGCCAGAAUAUUGUCCUUUGUGUGUGUUCACUUUUUAAAUGUUUUUAUUUUGCAUUUUUUAUAACUUUAAUGCUAACUCGUUUAUAUCAAGCACUUGAUUACUUUAUCACCUGUAAAGAUUUCCCCUAAACUUUCCCUGGAAGAGCUUUGUCUGAGUGCAGUCAGAAUGAAAACAGACUCAUCCUGCAUCCAGACAUCUGUUUUAGACUAUUAGAAGACAUGAGCUAUGAUUUCUUGGAGAUGGAGCCAAAUGCAUUUAGUCUUUGAUAUAAAAUGUUCCCUCCGUUUAGCCCAGGUGGAUUAGAUACGGUUAAUACUGAUUAUUUCAUUGUACUAACCAGAUUUGUCCUCUCAGUGGAUGUGCAUUUUUGUAUUAUUAUUUUUUAGUGAUGCAUGUUCAUGUUGGCAUGGAAAUGGAGCAACCUGUGAUAAAGAGUUGGCUGGCGACAGUAUUGAAUAUGAAGGUGUGUUCAGAAUGGCAUGCUAUUUUUGCAGCAUGCGGUAUAUUGUUCAUAGUACAUACAUGAGCCAUUCUUGACUCAGUAUUUGAUCACAGUGUCAAAAAUUUUAGAUAUUACAUAAAAAUUAGAUUGCAAAUACAAAAUAAGUGCACUCAUUUCCACUGAUAACUGGAUGCUGCUUGAAUUAAACAUGCAACUCGGCACAAGGUGACAAUAAUAAAAUAAACUACUGUUUGAAAUGUUUAGCAUUGUAUGUUACAAACUAUUUAAAAACCGGUAUGCAGUACUGCGUAGUACACUAGUAUUUCAUUCUGAACACAGCCUGUGUGUCAACCAGAGAGACAGCUGAAUUUGUGUGUGUGUGUGUGUGUGAACGAGUGACUUGUUGAGCAGGUUGUGCAGGCUGAUGGAGAUUUUCCAGUGUUUCUUCACUUAUAAGUGCUUUUCUGUUCAUGCUCAUCAACAUAAUGACUUUAUCUGAUCAACAGAGGACUGACUGAAACAUACUAUUACAGUACUGUAGAUAUGAGAAUACAGUAAUUCUAUUUCAUGGAUUUCAUUCAUUAAUGUUAUUUAACAAUGCAGCUGUUCUUUCUGAAACUAUUAAAUGUGACGGACUCUUUUGUAUUUUUUUUUAAUGUUUGGUCAUUAUAUAAAAUUGCAUCAGUGUUUUUUGUGUAAAAAUCGGAGGAUUGCAUUGAAAUCAAUAUAAUUUAUGACUGAUGAAAAUGUGGUUACUAUGGCAGUUUUUC